GCGGCAGACGAGUGUGGGGGUGUACAGAGGGAGGCGACUUGAGUGGAAAUAAAAAGGGAAGGUGGACGAGAGGAAUGCAUAAGUGUGAAAGAAAGUAGCGAGGAAGUUUUCUGGAGAGAAGAUUUCAUUCAAAAAGGAGGGAACAGACGCUAUCAAGAUCUAUCAAGACUUUCAUCACAAAGGAUCAAGAUGAUGCCCGAUUCACAGGUCACAUUCCUCCUUCUAUUCCUAUUGGAGACCAUCUGCGCUGCAUCUGUUGGCCUAUCAUUGCUUCAACCACCCGUCACACGUGUUCGCAUUACCGAAGUCGAGGACUACGAUGAUGAAGUAACCUCAAAGAUGACACUCGCCCCAAAACUGCCCAGUCUCACCACCACCCGUGGAGUCCCCCAGCUUUGUGACUAUAACCCCUGUGUGGCUCAAACGAGCCCUUGCAUUGAGAUCGCAACCCACACGGGGUGCCUCUGUCCUGGGUUGACGGGUCCGGAGGUGCGGCCCGGAGCUCCGAAACUUCGGGAGGUGAAACUGGACCACUCGGGUGAGGUGAUCGUGCACUGGUGUGCUCCACUAUCAAAUGUCACGCAUUACAAAGUCACGCUAAAAGGCAGACAAGGCCAAGAGUGGGUCUAUGGGGAAUUUUUGAGGAACGGUGCAGUGCCCGAGCUGAAAGUUGGGGAGGCGGUUUGUGUGGCGGCCGUCAAUCAGGCAGGGGUCAGCGAAGAGGAGUGUGCCCCAUAUGAACCGCCACAGCCGGAUCAAGCCACUAUGAGCGCAGGGAUCAUCGCCGGGUGUAUCGGCUUCCUAGUGCUAGUUUCAUUGGUUGUUGUGUUGCUAUGGCGACGAAGGUGUCGAAAGGGCAGUAUGGGGGAAGGGGAGGGGCUCGGCAAUCCUACGUACACGAAUGAUGGAGCACUAUAAAGACAGACAGGAAGUGAUGCCUUUACACAGGAAAUAUCCAUUAUGCUAAACUACAAACAUUUCAAAAUGAUGAGGACAAUGGAACUGCAAUGCAUGGAGACUGAGUAUUGUACAAAAAAACCACCUAAAAGUAUUACAGUGGUGAAAAUGCUCGACCAUGCCCUCGCCUCCACAUUCACAACUAAACUGCUGGGACUGGUUCUGAAUUAUUUGUAUUGUGCGAUUGUUUGUUAUGUUUAAAUUUAACAUAAAAUCUAAAUUGACCCUAUUUGCUGGUAUUGUGCACUAUGCUACUGAGCACCAUAGAGGACAAGGAGAGAAAUUAUUUGUGUUCCCUCGCAAUGCCUUUAUCCAUCCCUUAUGAAAAAUAACCAUGGUUUACUACGGUAACCAUACCUGAACUAUGGUAUUUGUAGUAAUACUAUAGUAACCACAAAAUGUACCAUGGUUUUGCUACAGUAGCCAUAUUUUAAGCAUGAUAUUUGUAUUAAAAGCUAGUAAUAAUAAGGGAAAACCAAAACUAUGGUAAUAAAAUCAUAUUCAUUCUGCCCAAAAAAUAUUGUUUUUAUAUUUUACUAUAGUAAGACAAACUUCGAAUGCAAGGGAGCGCAAAACUCAUUGUGAGGGAAUGCAAACUAUUGGGAGGAAAUGCUAAACUUAUUGAGAUGGGAACGCAAAACUUUUUGCGAGGUAAUGCAAAACUUAUUGUGAGGGAACGCAAAACUUAUUGUGAGGGAAUGCAAAACUUAUUGUGAGGGAACGCAAAACUUAUUGUGAGGGAAUGCAAAACUUAUUGUGAGGGAACGCAAAACUUAUUGUGAGGGAACCCAAAACUUAUUGUGAGGGAACACAAAACUUAUUGUGAGGGAACCCAAAACUUAUUGCGAGGGAACACAAAACUUAUUGUGAGGGAACACAAAACUUAUUGUGAGGGAACGCAAAACUUAUUGAGAUGGGAACGCAAAACUUAUUGCGAGGGAACGCAAAAUUGUAUUGCGAGGGAACGCAAAACUUAUUGCGAGGGAAAGCAAAACUUAUUGCG